AUGGGAAAAGGAGUAGCAAUUUAUGGAAACGCUAUUGGCAAUCAUGACUGCUACUGCUUUGGUGGUAUCCUGCAAUUAUAUGGAUGUUGUUGGCUUGCUAGUAGGAUUUUUAUUUUCAUGCAUUGUUUGAAACCUGUACCUUUGUGA